AGAAUCUUUCAAUAAAAGGCUUGGGUGACCAAACAGAUCAGCAUGAACAUUAAAAGCCUGCUGACCAUUCUUAGCUUAUGUGGAAUGUCUACAAGCUGCCCGUCUGUAUGUACCUGCAACGGAAACCAAACCGACUGCAGUGAUCUUAACAAACUCAUCUCCCUGGCAUCCAUAUUGGACCAGCUUCCAUCUCACACAGCCUCCCUCACCCUCUCAAACAACAACUUCACAACGGUGAAACCUGGAAGCUUUUCCAAUCUCAGCGACCUGUUUCAUUUGGACCUCUCUAGAAACCUUCUUUCCACCUUUCAUCCUUCUAUCUUCUCUCAACUAAACAGUCUGGAGUUUUUAGAUGUUUCUGAAAACCGUCUGGUGAUGCUGCCUGUGAGCUUAUUUUCUGAUCUCAGGAGGCUUGCAGAACUGGUUCUGAAAGAUAACAGACUUAAGGAGCUGAAUCCGGAUCAGUUCAAAGGUCUGACCGAGCUUAAGCGUUUGGAUAUUUCUCUAAACCACCUCAGUUCCUUGCACACAAAUCUACUAGAUGGACUUCAGAAGCUAACGUGGCUUUCGGUUUCAGGCAACAAGCUCACAACGUUACACUCACUCAAACAUGCGAUGGGUCUUCAACACCUUCUGCUGGAGGGGAACCCCUGGAACUGUAACUGCGAGUUAAUCCCGCUCAAACAUCGUAUAGAGUGGAUCUUAUAUAAAGGAGGACACAUAGAUUCCGUCCACUGCUCCUACCCAACAGAUCUGCGUGGGAAGGAUCUACGCAACAUCCCCACCGAGAUUUUCGGACACUGUCACUAUCUACAUUUCAUGACCAGGAAUCCACCCGCCGCCGAUAGCCACCCUGAGUCGAGCGGAGACUGUAUACACCAGCGGUAUCGCCCGGUGAGUGUGCGCCGAGCGGCUGCUACAGUGGUCGUAGCUGGGGUGGUCUGCAGCGUGGUGUGCAUUUUAAUGGUUGUAACGGCAAUCUAUGGGUGCAUCUACGCGAUGAUGGCUGCUAACAAACAGCAGCAGCUGAAGCAGGGGGACAAUCACCAGCAGAUGUCGGCCAAGGAACCAGAGCAAGAUCUUAUGAACGAACAGAAGGAGGAUCUGAUGCCAAGUAUCAGGAGGGGGCCAGAAGCCCCCGAGUGCACAGAAUGGAUGGCAUUUCCUCCAGAAGUGUGCGUUUGA